UUGAAUCCAGAUUGCCACUUGCGAUGCAUCAUCAAGUAGGAUCUUUGGCUAAAGAUAUGGCUUUAAGCCAAGUACAACGAGAAAAUGAUGAGAUGCGGUCAUACACAAGAGGGCAUUUCUCUCAAAUGAAGAAACUUGAAGAAGCAAACCAUAUCCUAAAUCAAAGGGUUAUGCAGUUGGAAGAUAUGAGCCACAAGCAAAGGUCCGCAAUCAACGAACUCUGAAGUUCAAAUCAGGUGAUUCAAGAAAGAUUAGAUCAUAUGGAAGCAUCAGGUCAACAAAAAGAGCAUCUUAUCAGUAAGCAAAGAAAGGAAGCCACCAAGUAUCGUGAAGAGAUUGACCGACUAAUCGCAGAAAAGGAGGCCAUCGAGAUAGAAAAUGCGGACUGGCAAAUCAGAGAACAGACAUUGGAAAACAACAGGCUCAAUGAGGAAUGGAACAUUAAUCAUCUCAUGAAAUUCAUUAGAGGAGUUACCGGAAGGGAAUAUGAGUUGUCCAAUGAAGGCGAAGUGGCCAGCCUACGUUUGGCACAAAUGGAGAAUCCGGAUCCAAACCUUCCAACCUAUCUUGAAAACCUGCAACAAGAGCUUUGAUAGAUAGAAUCAUAUUAGGUUAAGAGAGCUUCCUUGAUUGAUAGUAGUGAGUAGUGAAUUCGUUGUGCGAGAGUUAGUCAAUUCACUGCUUUGUACUGGAAUUCAUUCCAGUAGUGGAUAUCUUUGUGAAUCGCCUUAGCAGUCUAUCCCGGUGAAGGCUAGUCGACUGUCGGGUAUUCUGUCUAAGAGGUCUUGGUCAGCUUAAGAGAUUCCAAGCUAAUUUAGGAUCUCCCGCAGUUUAAUCAACAGUAAAACAACCA